GUGUAUUCAUUGUUUCAUUUGAUUUCUGUUUUGUAUUUGUAAAAUGUUAGGUAACAUUAUACCCGGACUAUGAUUAUGGACGAAUACUAAUUUGCUACAUAAUUAACAAAGGGAAAGCUUUUGUUUCAAACCUUGACAGUGACAUACUUCAAUAUAAAGGUAUAAACAAUAACAUGAGUACACAGUUCAUCUGCUUCUUAGUAACGUGUUUAAGACCAUAAUAUAUAAUUAAUCUUAGGAUAAACUUAUUAAAAAUGUCAAGAGGAUAAGAACAUCGGAUUAAUCCUAGAUUUUGGGGAUUAUAUUUAUUCAUUAUUAGUUAAUCUGCCUCAUAAUUAAUUCAGAUCUCAUUCAGGGCAUUUUGGCCAAAGAGACGCCGCGCCAGCAAUGACAACGGAGAUAGAGCUACAGCAGAGUAUAUAUCCCCUUGAUCGCCCCACCCCUAACGGACAUGUCUUCACCUUUCCCCCGCUUCCACAACAUGGCCUCAACAGGGCCCUCCUCGCCACAGCGCCCUUUAUCGGCAACGAGACGUUAUCGGGAACGCGUGUUGAUGAUGUUAACGGAAACCUUGCGGAAACGCUAUCGCCAGUUCCUUUGACGUCACCUACGGCCACACUAGCCAUUCAGUUGCCAGAGGACGUUCACCACGAUCUCGCGAAGUAUCUGAGUAGCGGAGAUAGACAGGAACUGAACAUAAAUCAGGCAAAUGUUAAUUCAUACUUGAAUAUUGCAAACAAUCUGAAUCAUAAGAAUCUUAAAAGGAUCUGUAAUCAUUUUCUCAAUGGCAAUGACUGCAAAACUCGAACGUGGGAAAACAACAGCCGUAUAUGUAAGCUAUGUUUGAAUGUACAUGAUAAGCAUCCAUCGAGCACAAACAAGGCAAGUGUUGGCACAAAUCCUCGAGUGCCGUCCUAUGAGAUAAUGUUCCCAAAAGAUGUCCACUGUUCGAACUCACAUAAAAAUGUUUUUGUAAUGGACAUUCGAAAACAUAAAGAAGUUCAUAGAAUCGAACAGAAGAAGGUCACGAAAUUUGGUGACAGAUUUGCAGUUUGUGCCGCAUACGCUAAGAAAUGUCCGUAUUUAUUCGUAUCUGGUGGAAACGGCAAAACAGACCGUUCAUUAUUUAAAUAUGACGUGGUUGAAAACAAGUGGUCACAGUGCCAUCAUCUUAAGCACCCGAGAUCGAAGCACGUAAUGGCAUUCGUUCAGAACUGUGUCUACAUCAUUGGCGGACAGGAAAGCGCGUCUAUCGAACGAUACGAACUGGAAAACGGCCAUUGCUCGGAACUGAGGCCCAAUCUCCCAGUACGCGUGCAUUGCGCCGCUCAUGUCGUGUAUAACGACAAAAUAUUCAUUUUUGGCGGGAAAACGUUACGAAACGAGGUACAAAUUGUGCAAUGCAUUGACACCAAAGCAAACUCAACUAGUCGACUUUCUGACCUCCCUUUCCCGUGCUCAGGGGGUCAAGCCAUUGUUGUCAAAGACAAAAUCUACCUAGCAACGAACCAUGGUCACAUGAUCAAGUACGACCCAGAAACGGGCCAAUCAGAAUUGUGUUCACAGCAACCUUACAACCGGAAGCACUUCGUCAUGUACGAGAAAAACGGGUACCUGCACAUAUUCGGAGGUGUUCGGACUGAUGGAAAAGUUGAAGAAGAGGGGACAGUGUACAAAUUUUGUCCUUUAGGGAACGAAUGGAAAAGGUCAGUGUCAUUCGGAGUCCCUUUGCCAAUACAUACAAGUUGCACCAUUGUCUACCCAAAAGAAUGCCCUGUGACGCCUUUUAGAAAAAUGUUUGGUUAUUGUUGACAGAAUGGCAUUAUGUGCAACAAGUAAACUGUUAAGUGCUACAUUUAAGGUAUUUUAUAAAGGUCAUUCAGCUCAUUGUCUGUCAUGCAGAUAAGAACAAUUUUGCUAUCACUUGAACCAUAUUUGUUGUGGAAUGUUCUGUGAUUGUAUUAUCAGAUAUAUUAUUUCAUUUUGUAUGACACUGUUCAUUAUUUAUAAUUUGUCUCUAAUCAUAUUUUUGAUAUGAUAUCGCUUUAAGCAUUUUUUGUUAUAAAUUAUUGCGAAAUGUGAAUUACCUAAAAUUACAAAAACAUAGCUAGUCAAAAGUCAUGAAAUGGCUUUCAUCCAUAAACAAUAUUGCUGAAAAUAGAAUAGAACAAAAUCGACGUAUGAUUAUUUAUGCUAACGGCGUUGACUACGACAACAACAAUAAGAAUAACAACAACAGAAACAACAAAUAUCAUCAUCAUCAUCAACAAUAAGAAUAACAACAUCAACAAAAACAACAGAAACAACAAAUAUCAUCAUCAUCAUCAUCAUCAUCAUCAUCAUCGUCGUCGUCGUCGUCGUCAUCAUCAUCGCAUCAGCAUCAGCAUCAGCAUCAUCAUUGUCUUUUUUGACAUUAAACUAUGCUUAUUUGCCAAAGACAUUCAUUACAACUAUUAUCAUUGAGCUUAUUUUGUGUAUUUUAAUAAUUCUAUGUUUGCUUUUUUGCUAUCUGGGAUAUAUAUGUCUUUCAACUUGAAAUAAAAUUUUGAAAAUUGAAA